AUGCAUCGUUAUGCUGAGGAACACUCUUGUGAUACUUUCCGCAAGUCGUCGAAGCCGUGCCAAGUUUCAGACUCUACCACAGCGUCUUCAUCUGUGAUUCAAAAGUCUGCACAAUCUAAAGUAAAGCCUUUAAAUGAAAUCGAACGAAAGAAAAUGGACCGAAUUCUGGUUAUGAAAUUGAAAAUGAAUGCGAAGAUCACUGCCGAAAUCCCUACGGAAGAGAAAAUUUUCCUGUUCAUUGAAGGAGAUGAUACGAGAGAACGACAAGUGGUCCUUGCGAGUCAGAGUCUGCAAAUAUUUAUAGAGCAAUCCGAGGAACCACUCGACUAUGCGGAAGUUGUUUCGAAGUAUUUGCAUGAUAUGGAUACCAUCAGUGUACAACUGGUAUGA